AUGGAACAACUUGUAUCGAAUUUACUUCGUGAGACGAAAUAUGAUGAUUUCACAAGGGUUAAGGAGCAGAAACCAGCGGAGAUCCAAGAAAUUGAGAAGAGCGAAUCUCUUCACAGUGUACUGUCUAUUUCUUCUGGAUCAAGCGUUGAGGAUCCAAGCAGUCAACAGAAGAGGUAUCGCAAACCGUCGCAAGCCUUUCUUUACAGCCAGAGUAUUGAAGAACCCAAGAAGGGCUAUGUUGAAAAAGGAAAAUCAACAAAGAUAAUUCAUUUUUAA